AUGAGGUUUAUAGGAGUCCUUGCUUCUCUUUUACUAAGUACCAUACUUUGUAUUGUAGAGCUUUACAAGAUUGAAGCGGUGGUGGAUGUAGAGAGCAGAAGGGCAUCAUCUUACAAUGCAUGCGAUAGAAUACUUCGUCUUGCAGAUGUAGAAUUCAAGUUGCUUGUACUACUCAUGGUGGCGCAAACCCUUUCUCUGAGCUACACGUCACUUCUUACCGUUCUAGUGUUUGUUUAUGAACUACAAAAAAAAGGAUCUGAGACUACAAUCAGUGCUCUGAAUUUUUUCAAGCAAAAGAGAUGGAUAAAGAUCGAGAUAUUCUGCAAAACCUCUUUCUAUGUCCUUCUUCUUUAUAAGUAUUUCUCUACACUUAUUGUAAAUAAAACAUAG